GUUCUGUGUCUUCACACGUUGUUGUUCCCAGCGGCGACAGAAAAUGGCGGCAGCAUUUGGAAUUCACAUUGGGAAUACGUCGGCAUGCUUGGCUUUAUUUAAGGAUACAAAGAUCGAGGUGAUUGCAAAUGAUGCUGGAGACCGAGUAACCCCUGCAGUGGUGGCAUUUAAUGAGUCAGAAACAAUUGUUGGGUUGGCAGCAAAGUCGGGCCUUGCAAGGAAUGCACCCUCAAUUGUAGUACACAACAAGAAGCUACUGAAUGAGAAAAUAGAGCAGACUGAACUUGAGGAGGUGGUGAAUGCAAAUGCAUGUAAGGUGAAGCAUGAGGAAGGAACCGUGAAAUAUGAGAUAAAGAAGGAUGAUAAAAUAUGCGGUUUCACACCUGAAGAUGUAGCAACCUGCAUCUUUAAGAAAAUGUAUGAUAUUGCAAGCAGUGCUUUACGCUCAGAGGCAGAUCUGCGUGCAGUGCUGACCAUUCCCUUGCACUUCCAUCAGAACAGCCGUCAGACAGUGAUGCGGUCAGCCGAGGAGGCAGGCUUUGAGGUUCUGCAAGUGAUCAGUGAACCGUCAGCUGCUGUACUUGCUUAUGGUGUGGGGCUGUCCAAUUUGGAUGAGGAACAUUUCUGCCUUGUGUACCGGCUGGGCGGUGAGACACUGGAUGUGACAGUGGUUCAGGUCAAUGCUGGCAUGUACACCAUAUCUGGGACUGUGCACAAAUCGAAUCUUGGAGGCAACAAGUUUACCAGGAUACUGGCUGAUUACUUGGCAAGCGAAUUUAGACAUCGUUGGAAGCUGGACCCACAGGAAAGUCGUCGCUCAAUGGUGAAGUUACGCAGUGCAGCUGAGACCUGCAAACAUGUGCUGUCAACAGUGAGCACUGCCCAUUGUUUUGUGGAGUCAUUAUGCGAGGGUGUUGACUUCAGUUACAACAUUACAAGGGCUCGCUUUGAGAACCUCAUUACAUCCUACCUUUCUGAGUACUUGCAACCAGUGCAUGAAGUAUUAGAGAAGGCUGGACUUAGUAGCAAGAUUAUUGCCAAGUUGAUCCUGAGUGGUGGAGCCAUGAAGAUGCCAAAACUGCAACAAGCAGUGGGGGAACUGUUUCCUGAUGCUGAGAUGUUAAAUUGUAUCUCUCCUGAUGAAGUGAUUGCCACAGGUGCAGCCAAGCAGGGUAGCUACCUUGCACGUCCAUUUGAUCCAGACUGUGAACAUCUUGCCAUAGAAGUCCCUGCUGUUUCCAGGCCUAUAUGUGUGAAGGUGUCUGAGGAAACAGGACUCAAGUGCAUCAUUCCAGCAAUGACGCCAGUACCGGUGAAACGUGUUCAGACACACGCCAUCACAUCAGAACAGUCAGAUAUUACAGUAGAGCUAUAUGAGGCUGAUGGUGAUUCAUGUGGAGCACCACUUCUGAUUGGAAAGGUGCAUUUAUUUGAUGUCACAGGCCCAACGAAAAUCAGUGUAGAGAUGAACCUAAACAGUGUUGGUGGGAUGCAUGUGGUAGUGACAGAUCACAAGAGCCAGAAGAAACAGACAUGGAAACUGGAUACAUGAUGAUAUUGAAUCCUAGGUCAUGUGUAUCUAAAUGUUGUGUCUUCACAAACUAUACCUCCAUCCGCGAUACAACUUAAAUAAGUUCCAUUGUGGACGGAGGUGUAGUUUGUGAAGAGUAUAUCAAUGCAACAGGUUGCUUAACUACAAUAAAAUGUGUCAGUUCUAAGCAAUAAAUAAAUUUUGUAUAUAUAGUUAGUAGUCAUGAGAUUUGGGUUUGUUACUUAAAAGUGACCAGUUCCAGCAGAGUCUGUGAUGUUAUGCAUUGCUUGUGUGCAUGUGUGCGCAGACAUAGGAAAUGCCUGGACCCUACUUGGCUAAUGUUUUUCAGAUGAGACACAGUAAGACUGUACCAUUUGUUCCUUAUGGGUCUCCUGUGAAAGUGAAGAUCAGUUACAGGAAUAUCACCCAUCAACUUGGCCCAUAGCCCUUCAUCUGGGAGGCAAAUCUGAUACACAAAUGGUGUCAGAACGGUUGGCAGGUCCAGGAUAAGUGUAUGUGGGGUGAGACCAAGGAAGAAGCUGUCCCCAACAUUUGAUGUACAUACCACAGUGUUCCAGCCAGAAGUUUUUGUGAUUUAGCUUCUUCAGUUCAAAGGGGUGUAUUGAAGGGUCUAAACAGAUGAGCAAGUCUGUAUAUGCUACAAUAACCAAGCAGUUUUUUGAGCUCUUGAGGCAUCAACGGUGAUAUUGAAGCUGGUCUGGGAAUGUCAACAGGCAAUAUGUGGCCUUUGUAUUUGAAAGAAGGUUAGAUUCUUCUGGGUUUCUGGUCACAUUGCAACUUAGGGUAAUGCAGAUGCAUAUACCUUGGCUAGGGAGGGAUUCAGCAAUUCAUUUCCCUAUUCCAAACCACCAGUUUCUGUCUCAUCACAUGCUGGUAGCCUCAAGAUUAAGGAAUGGGUGAAGCAGAAGAACUCUGACCAGUGGGCUGCCACACCAGUAUGAGGCAGCUGAAGAUCCUUGGGAUACACUGUCUAGGGACCUACUGGCCAUGAACAGGAACAUUGGAGGCUGGUGACAGGACUGCUGACUAACCACUAUGCAUUGAGGUGGCACUUGCAUAUUAUGGGCCUCUCAGAAAGCACCAUAUGGGGGAAAUGUGGACAGGAAGAGACAUUCUCCUACCACAUACCUUGUCAAUCCUCAGCCUGGGCUGGGUGUAGAAUGAAGAUGUUUGGCAGUGCAUGGCUAGAGCCAGCAGAUAUUAGAAGGACCUCAUUUGAAAAGAUUUGGCUUUAGCAUUGAAGACAGUGUACUUUGAAAGACUGUAGUGAUAUCAGGAGUGUACAAUGGACCCAGCAGUGGUCCAACUGCAUGCAUGGGAUGAAGUUGUGUCCUCCCCAGGUCAAUGCAAUGCUAUGGAGUAAAUUUCUUUGCAUAAAAAUAAACACUAAACAGAAACUUAAGGUGACAGUUUUGUUCCUCCAGUGGAAGAGAAGUAAAAGUAAAAAGUAAAGCUAUCCCUGUACCAGGCUGUGAAGGCCCAUAGGGUUGUGAGAUGUUGAGGUUCCCACAUUAUGUAGACAAUCGGCUCACAGAUGGCGAUAAGGUUGUCAGCCUUACGCGCCUGCUGGUUACAUAUUAUGUUCAGAAACUGUCUGGAAAUUGACCUAAUCCUUCCAGCUGCACUAUGGCUGUGGGGUAGGCUCAGCCUCUAAUAGAAAUGAGUACCAGGAAUCUUCCUGGGUCUAAAGGGCUACCGAGAAGUAAAGCUGACCACCUCACCACCAUCUGUGAGCCAGCUGUCUAGAAAAUGUGGGAGCCUCAACUUCUCACAACCCUAUGGAACUCUACAGCUUGUUACAGGGAUAGCUGUACCUAAACUGUCUGUAUAUUUCCUGUAAGACAUCUCAAAAAUUGAAAAUGUAUUGAUAGUGACACACCCACUGUACUUAGAUUAAAGGUUUUCCCUUAUUUAAUGUUUUUUUUUAAUGUUGAAAACGUUUUUAUACAAGGAUGCAAAUGGAAUGAAGCUGUAAAUAACAGAAAAUGUAACAAUUUAUAAUUAUUGAUACCUUUGCUACUAAGUAACUGAAGUUUUUUUGUUGAUUUCGCUACCUUGGAAAUGUUCAUGGCAAAGUGUAACAGUUUGUGAUUAUUGAUACCUUUGCUAGUAAUUAAUUGAUGUUAUUGUUGACUUUGUUACCUUGGAAAUGUGCUCAGUGUAGUACAUAGACGGAUCUGGACAGAUUGCGAGUGAAAUAUGUUAAUAAAUGCGAGCAUCUCAAAAAAGCAACCCAUUUUGGUCCAUCGCUUACAGUUUAAGGGUUAUGACCAUUUGUUUCUAUCAAAUACGGCUAAUUCAUUUCCACUGUUUAGUGGAUGAUGCAUUACUAUAGGCAAGCUACCAGCAUAUGAUGUCAUGCACUGAUAAGAUGUUUGCUGGUAAUAGUCAUACUGCAUGUAUUAGUACAGGAAAUGGAAGCGGUCAGAAGAAGAUAAUUGUAAUAAUGUACCAAAAUGAUCUAAGUUAAAUGCCGAGCGACAGCGUAAAUAUAAAAAAACACAUAAAAACUUAUCUGCUGAAUUGUAAGACAAUAGAUUACUGUAACUAUAGCACACAAAGUCUUCAAUGUCUGCUUGCUAGUCGUUGCUCGGUAAUGAAUCUUACCUGGUGAACACUUCGCAGCUGUAUGUUCAACUGUUGAACUGCUUUCUGAGUUGUGUUACGAAUGAAUGGAUUUAAUUCACUAAUAAAUUCUCUUUUAUAAGUUCGGGAGGACCAAAUAGAAGCUAUUGGUCUCUAGUAUCUGUUGUAGCGGAAAUGCAUGGUGAUCCCAAGAUUCCUCAUAUUUACGGAAACCUUUGCUGAAUCUUUGUUGACAUGAGAAUGAGUUUUAGUGAGCCAUUGUCUAGCAAACGGACUUCUGCUUGUUUGUUGCUAUUCCUGCUUUCAGAUGGUGUUAACUGAAAUGUUGCCUAGCAAAGGUUGGUUGGAGCAUUUGAUGCAAAUUCCCCUGUACGAAUGCUACAACAUUGUCAAACAUUAUUAAAUGUGGAUAACAUGUCUGAAGAUACUUAUGAAUUAGAUGGAAUCAACUAACGUUUUCAAUGUUAGUCCUGGGAACCAGGGAUCCCAAAUUGUGUUUCAAUGAUCCUGAGUCAGUAGUCUUGGUGAUAAAACACCUCCAUAUCAAACUUUCCUCAUUGUAGUGCUCAAAUCCACUGAUCCCGAAGGAGCCUUAAAUAGGGAUUUCACUGUAUGUCUUCUUUGUUCCUUUAAGUUAUAUAUGAAGUUGGUGAGUCUUGGUACUGUAAGGUGUUCUUAAUCUGCCUUUUUUUUUCUGGGUAAGUUUUUAUAAACUAUGACUUUUCUAUGAAAGGCAUUGAUCUCCGCAGUUCUAAGAUGCUCCUGUCCGAAAGCAUCAUGACAUCAAGUUUUACAGAGGAAGUGGAAGUACCAUUUCAGUCAUUCUUAACCUCAAAAGGGUGUGGAGGUGGGUGGUGAGAUUCAUGCUGCGACUCUUUUACUUCCAUCGCAGUACUCACUGGAUGCAGUCUGGUGGAGCCAAGAGUUGAGGCGAGCACUAGUGUGACAUUAGAAGUCUUACUCCUGCCAGAAAUGGAACCCUGCUUCUUCACCUUAUAUUUUCCACAUUUAUGCUCAGAGAUAUGUCAGCUAGGUGCUUGUUGUUCAAUGCAUUCAUAUAGGGGUAUUUUAAGGCCUAGCACACACAUGCAAUUUCUAGUUGGCCAACGGUUGUGCACAAUCGUGGAGGCCCAACGACUGUUGAGGGACGUGCGCUCACAUACAAUUUCGAGUUUUCCACAACUACGGCAGUGAGCAGUCGGUCAGUCACAGCAUGGAUGUGUACAGUACAGCAGUAGUAUAUGCAUUAUUGUUAAGAUUAAGGAAAAAAGGAAGUGGGAAUAUUGGGUUCACACUAUUUAUAGCAAACGUCUGUUAAAAGGAAAAUUUUAUACAUUGUACCAUGAACUGAGGCAAUAACCAUCAAAAUUUUUCAGUUAUUGCAGAAUAAGUGUUGCUAGUUUUGAUGAAUUGUUACUUCUUCUGAAACCUCAUAUCUUGUACAAGAAUACAAGAUGGAGAUUGGAGUUUAAUAUUUCUAGAAUUAUUAUGGCAAACAGAAACUGUAAAAAGGUAAAGUAAAGGUAUCCCUGUAACAGGCCGUGGAGGCCCAUAGGGUUGUGAGAUGUUGA